GACAGCUCCCCGGAUGCGGCUGUGAUUGACUAUACCAAGCGAAAAGAGAUCGAAAGCCAAGUGGCGGUGCUGCAGCCCCAGUGGUCGUUGGCAGGAUGCAGACCAUAAAGUGUGUGGUUGUGGGUGACGGGGCAGUAGGUAAAACCUGCCUACUCAUCUCUUAUACCACCAAUGCCUUUCCUGAAGAGUAUAUUCCCACAGUGUUUGACAACUACAGUGCUCAGAUGAGUGUUGAUGGCCGCACUGUCAGCCUUAACUUGUGGGACACAGCAGGCCAGGAGGAGUACGACCGCCUUCGCACCCUCUCCUAUCCCCAGACCAACGUCUUCAUCAUCUGCUUUUCCAUUGGCAGCCCCUCCUCCCAUGCUAAUGUCAGACACAAAUGGCACCCUGAAGUGUCUCACCACUGCCCAAAUGUUCCCAUCCUGCUGGUGGGCACCAAGAGAGACCUGAGGGGCGAUGCAGAAACGGUGAAGAAGCUGAAGGAGCAGGGCCUGGCCCCUACCACCCAGCAGCAGGGAAAUACCCUGGCCAAGCAGAUAGGGGCUGUGAAAUACAUGGAGUGUUCUGCUCUGCUGCAGGAUGGCGUCAGGGAGGUCUUUGCUGAAGCUGUGAGAGCAGUGUUGUAUCCAGUCACGAAAAAGAACCCCAAGAAGUGCGUGCUGUUGUAAUAAAGGGUUCCCAGAUUUGGACUGUAGGGAGGGAUGAUGGAGAUCCACAGAUGCAAAGGAAGGCUGAGGAACAAAGGUCGUCGCCUGGCUGCUGCUAUUCCACCUACAGCAGUGCAGACUGUGUUUUCAGCUCCUCUGCCAGUCCUCUCUUCCUUAAUCAUCUCCUGGAGGAUUUCACUCCAUUGCCAUCAUCACCAAAGUGACUAUGCCAAGAUGGCAGCAACUGACCGUAUCCUGUAUUUUCUUACAUUUUAACUUUUGAUAUUUACACUUCUUUCCAAUUUUACAUCUUUUCUAGAUUUAUAGCUUCUCUGCUUAGCCUUAUAAAAUGCUGAUCAUGGUUGUCAGAAGCCAUAACAACAUCCAAACCAAGCUACCCUGUUCGACUGGAGAGAAGAGAUCUGCCUUUGUUCAGGUGGAGAAAUAAUGACUACCUCAUACUCUCACCAAGGUUGCAUCUCAUGAGUAUCAAGCAGUGUCGCCAUCAAAAUGGUUUGACUUGCCUAUUAAGAUGUAAUAAACAGCCAAGUGGAGGGUGAACAAGUUUUAAUUUCAAGCAGCUUGAGUCCAGACGAGGUGUGAUGACUUCCGGACAAAUGCCAGUACCCCAUACCCAAUAUGCACAGAUUAGAGGUUAAACUGUUGAGCUUCGGUCCCCCUCGUGCUCAGUCUGGCAUGUUAAAGCUGUCUGGCAGGCUGCCCUUCCAGCCUCUUGCACUGCUCUCUCACUGCCACGCAUGGAAGAGUCAGUGGGCCUUUGAAGAUAAGCUGGUCCCAUUAAAAGCAGCGGACCAUUUGCCCUCUUCAGUUAUAGAGGAGCAGGUGUCAUGAGGCCUCUGCCAAAUUAACCCUCACUGGUACAGGAUCAAGCUGACAUAUCAGGAAGUUGGGUACUCCUUUGUCUAUGUCUUACCGAAUGCCAUUAAAACAUGCCUAAGAAUGACUUUUGACACAGUGGGGUCGAAGAGACUAUUUUGUCUAAUGAUAUUGAAUUUACUCUGUAAAUGAUUUUCCUAAAAUGUUUUUAACCCUCGAGUGCGGUUAUGGCCAAAGUUGAAUAUAUUUUUUGUAAUAGCUUAAGUUCAUUUGAUCAGUAAAAUGUGUGUAAUAAUCAAUACUCAAAUUUAAAAAAAGAAAAAAACACAACUCAACAUUGCUACACUUGUCAAUUACAUUGUUGCCUUACAUUUCAGGUCAGCAGACAAAUGACCACUGCAGAACUAAUUCAGCAUAGAAUAAAUUACCGGAAUCUGUUUUACUUGUCUUGUGCUAGGCUCUGUACACCUUUAUUCCUUCAGUUUUGGUUGUGAAAUAUGAUUUCAUUUUGGAAGUAGCAUCAUGCCAUAGCAGCCCAGUUUGUGUUGUAAAACAGUACAAUAUAGAAGGAGCCUUAUAUUUGGUCAGGUGCCUUAUUUAAACCAAAGACCAAAGCUGUGCUCCCCAAAGGUUUUUCUUAUAGAGAUGCAAAUGCCACCAAGGCCUUUUCAAAGCAGGUUAAACUAGCUGUGGGUUUAAUUUUUAUUUUUCAGAAGCUCUCUGCCUUAGGUCCUGCUAGUCAACACUCACACUCACAGUUCUUGCAGCCCUCUUUGAAAGUCACAGGUGCUAAACUGACAUCUUGUGCAACAUGUCUCUGUGCAUUUGUGAAAAAGAGCACAUGAAACAGGGUGCAGAGGGCCCACAGCUCUUAACAGAUUGUGGUUUACAUCCUAGCUGCACGGUGCAGAGAGGGAAAGGCACAAGCAUAACUUGCACAUACAGUCCACAAGAGCUGCACUUGUGGUACUUGCCAAGUCCCAUCUGAAGAUUUUUAUGUUUUAUAAAAUAUUUUUUUUUAGCAGCAACUGGUUGUGCUUCAAGCUGCCAGUAAUACCAGCAACCUUUUUGCUAUUAUUUUCAUUUGCUUGUCAAGGGGAGUGUUUUAAGUCAACCUAGAUUGUGGCCUGUGUAAAGUCUAGAAUACCCGAAGCGCAGCACGAGCAGGAGAUGUGGUGUAACAACAGUGAUGCGGUUUGAGAUCUGCCAAAGGAUGUGUGAGAAUUUCCAAGAUGGGGUGUAUGGAGGGUUGAAUGUAAGUGCACAACAUGUCAAACUGUCAACUGUGGUGAGUUAGUAUUUUUACCGUGUCCUGAUUUCACUCAGAUAAUGCUGUUGAAGUGGAACAUACAUCUGUGGGCUCUCUUGACUGUGUCCCGGAGCUGUAUGCUACCGUGUGCGUGGUACUACGCCUUUACACUGGGAACUUGAUUUGUAGAAAUCUGUUUGUAAUUGUUUUAUAUAUAACAAAAGCAUAUUUGUAUAAAUGAACUAACAGUGAGAUGAUUUUAAAUUAUGCCAAAUAAAAUGGUGGUUAAACCAGA